GUUUGUUAAGAAAAAACAGGUAGAAACUCCUCUUGUAUCUCUUCUUCUCCAUCAUGCUAACUAGAAUCAUUUUCCUCAUCGCCGUCUCUACUUCUGUUAUCGUCGUCCUUCUACUUGCUUUAUUCUCUCCCGUUCCUGAUUACGACCCACCAGAAUCACUAUUCUCCUUCUCUCUCUAUGUUCAACAAACCCAAAUCCCGUCCUCCUCCUAUAUCUCUCGCAGGUCAAGUCAACGCAUGGCGGAGACCCACCGCAGAGGAGGCGGAGGAGGAGGAGCAUUGAUUUUCCGGCGUACUCUUACGGAGGGACCCGAUAACAAUUCUCGGAUCGUGGGGAAAGCUGAGGGAUUUAUAAUCCCGCAUGAAGACUUUGCUAAUUCGAAUUUUAACGUUAUAUAUUUGACGUUGGAGAGUCCUGAGUACACGGGGAGUGUUAGUAUUAGAAGCAGAGACAUGGCACAUAAAUUGGAAGAGGUUAUGAAGGUUGUAGGAGGGACAGGAGCUUUUGCCUUUGCUCGUGGAAUUGCCAUGUUCGCUGAAGUUGGUGCUGAGGAAGAAGCUGUAACUUACCGUGUUAAACUUCUGCUUAGAUUUCCACAUACUUCUAAAAUCGAUCCACAAUGAUGGACACUUUUUGUUUUUACAUAUUAAUAAAUUUAUAUACGCA